CGUACAUCCCUUUACAAUAAUUAUCUAAAAAUCACUAUUUUGAAAAAAAUUACACCAAAAUUCUCGGGUCGGAUGGAGGGCGGAGGAGACGGGGUUGUUGUGGUGAAUACGAGAGCGGAAAUCGACACACGAGCACCCUUUCGGUCCGUCAAAGAGGCCGUUUCUUUGUUUGGUGAACGAGUUUUAGCUGGUGAAGUUUAUGCUAAUACUAAGUUCAAGGAGAUGGAUAAUAACUCACUAAACGAGGAAGAGACGACUUCAAAACAAGGAAGCAAGACAACCCAAGAGCUAGAACAAGCAAAACAAAGCCUACAAAAAGCCCAAGAAGAAACAAAGGUAAUGGCAACAUGCUUAUCUUCACUUCAAGAAGAGCUUGAAAAGACCAAAAGAGAACUACAAGAACUUAAACUUGAGAAAGAAUCUGAGAAACAGAUGAUUGAGUAUGAAAUGGAGGAUCCCCAGAAACCGGCGACGGCAAAUUUACGGCAUGAAAGAAGAAUUGAGUAUGAGAAUAGAAGAUAUGUGACAUUUGCAAAUGCAACAUUUUCUGAAGUGGUUGUACCUCAUAAUAAUAAUCAUGAUCACAAUUAUAAGAAUAAUGGAGGACCCUUUUUAGAGAGAAAUUCUUCUGUUAAGAAUAAGAAGGUUAAAAGACAGCCAUUGAUACCUUUAAUUGGUGGGAUUUUCUCUAGGAAGAAGAAGAAUUCUCAACUUCUUUCUGCUAAGUCUCCUUAGAACUUACAUUUUCAAUUUUGUAUGUUUUUUUUUUUUUUUGAGAAGUUUGUGUUUUUUGUUUUGUAUUAAACUUAAAUAAAUAAUUUUCUCUUUGUUAACUUUUUUUGCUUCUAGAUUGUUAUUUGAUAAUUUUGAAUUAUCACAAUUCAUACACAACGAUUAUAG